GGUGGACCUGCAGAGUUCCAGCUCGCUGUCCCCCCAUGGAAGUCCAGAUCGAUUCAGCUCUGCAAGGAGAAAACCACGGGGGUUGGUUGUUAAGAGUCGGUUGAAAAGGAUCUCACAAACACAAGCAAAUCGGGUGCCCUCCAGACAGCAACGUCCUCUUUUCUCCCUUGCAGUUCUCGAUGGCUGAUCCGAGGCGUUCCAUUCCCAGCCUAGCGCAGCCUCCCAUCGUCUGCCGCCCAAGCCGCCAAUCGGCCCACCCGGCCACCCACAGGCAUCACUCCAUCCACCCACUCAACCCAAACUUUACUUUUCCCCAUGCGCCCCAAAGCGACAGCGGGAGGUCUCCCCGUGCCAAGAUUGGCCGUUGAGAGCAACCUCGGCAUGGCCCUCUGGACAGAUCGGUACCCUAGUCAGUUUGUGGCGGACCCCGCCAGCAUAGGCAAGAGUCCGAGGAUUGUCGGACAAGGCCUUCCGAGUUCGGCGAAGUUUGCCAAAGCAUCAAUGUGGCGGAGUGGCCGUUUUCCGAUAGCAUUUCUUUUUCAAUCCGUCUUGUUGUUGGCAGCCUCCGUCCCGUAUAUGGACCUCUCUGACAUGUGGUUGUGGGCUCACUCACGUGAGAAGGGGGAGAGUUCGGGGUUGGACAGCCAUGCCCCUCUGUUUGACGUUCGGUUCCUGAACUCGAAAUUGAAUCUUCCAUGCUGUGGACAAAGGAAGACAGUCCCGUCAGUCUGGGUGAAUCAAAACCGUUUGAUGCAAAUUGAAUAUGCACCACGACGGUGACAGGGCCCAUCCACAUGGCGCCUUGCCAUCGACCUGUCUACGUUACGCUACCCCUGAAGAUCUUAGUACCAUCCGUUA